AUGUUCUAUCCAUUGUGCUCUGACCAAAGUUCACGCGUACACCGACAAGGUACACUAACAAUGGUCGCAAAGAUCAAGGGAGGAAGUGUGGUGGAGAUGCAAGGCGAUGAGAUGACCAGGAUCAUCUGGGAUCUUAUCAAGGAGAAGCUAAUUUUUCCCUACGUCGACCUUGAUCUGCACUCUUACGAUUUAUCAAUUCAAAAUCGAGAUGCCACCAACGAUCAGGUGACCGUUGAUGCUGCCCAUGCGACCUUGAAAUACAAUGUAGCCGUGAAAUGUGCCACUAUCACUCCCGAUGAAGUUCGCGUAGAAGAGUUCAAACUGAAAAAGAUGUGGAAAUCUCCCAAUGGAACUAUCCGUAACAUCCUUGGAGGAACUGUUUUUCGGGAGCCAAUCAUCGUAAAAAAUGUACCUCGACUAGUUAACUCUUGGAAGAAGCCGAUCAUCAUUGGCCGUCAUGCACAUGCUGACCAGUACAAAGCCACCGAUUUCGUCGUACCUGGUCCCGGAAAGAUUGAGAUCAAAUUUAUACCCGCCGAUGGUUCUGAAGGAAUCACACGCGAAGUGCAUGACUUCAAAGGACCGGGAGUGUCACUUUCUAUGUACAACACUGAUGAGUCAAUUAGAGACUUCGCUCAUGCCUCCUUCAAGUAUGCUCUGCAAAGAGGUUACCCCUUGUACUUGUCAACUAAGAACACUAUUUUGAAGAAGUACGAUGGCCGAUUCAAGGACAUCUUUGCUGAGAUUUACAAGGAGUAUGAAGAACAAUAUAAAGCCGCUGGUAUUUGGUAUGAGCACCGCUUGAUUGAUGAUAUGGUUGCACAAGCCAUGAAAAGUGAAGGUGGAUUUGUGUGGGCAUGCAAAAAUUACGACGGGGACGUACAAUCCGACUCAGUAGCUCAAGGGUAUGGCUCCCUCGGACUUAUGACAUCGGUUCUGGUAUGCCCAGACGGCAAGACAGUAGAGGCCGAAGCCGCUCAUGGUACAGUAACACGGCACUAUAGAAUGCACCAGAAAGGACAAGAAACAUCCACGAACCCCAUAGCAUCGAUAUUCGCUUGGACUCGAGGCUUGUCGCAUAGGGCUCUUUUGGACAACAAUACUGAUCUCAAACAUUUUGCUGAAAAUCUUGAGAAGGUGUGCAUUGAAACAAUGGAAGAUGGUUUUCUCACCAAAGAUCUCGCCAUUUGCAUCAAGGGAAUGAAUGGAGUAACACGCUCAGACUAUUUGAACACAUUCGAGUUUAUGGAUAAACUAGCCGAAAACCUUGCAAGGAAGCAGUCUCAUCUUUGA